AUGGCUGGUUCACAGGCCGCAGACGCAAGGCCGUUAAACGUUUUGAAUGGGGAAGCACGUAACAAGUGGCGAAAAGCCACUCUGACAACCAAUAAUUGUUCUAUUCAACCUCUUAUCGAUUGUAUAAACGACCUUGAAUGUACUCGUGACGACCACAGACUUAUGACAGUGCCAUAUCUGCAACUAAGUAGCAGAUCACUCGAAGCCAAAAGCAAACUUAUGUUGAAGGUCGAAUAUUUGAAAGGCAGGCUCGCCUCAGUUCCACAUGAGCAAGGGGCUGAAACUUCCCUUGAGUGCAGACAAUCCUUGAAGAACCAAAGCGGCACAGUAUCGGAGCGAGGCUCCUAUUGGGCAAAGGAUUUCUUGGAACAGUGGACUGCAAGAUAUCUUUCCUUGAUAUGUUCGGUAGGGAAAUCUUUUGGGGUGCGAAAACUGCCUAAACAUGCACUGGUUGAAGAACUAGAAAGGGGCUCAACUGCGAAAACUCUUUUAGGAGUGCGGAGCGAUGAGACUGCAGGUUUCGGAUAA